CAAAACACCUCGCCCGGUAUUCAAGACAUCAAGCAGCAAUAGUUACAACAAGCGUACUCGAGCCAAAGCGCAAACACACCGAUCGCCUUUAUAUAUCUCCUCGGCGAGCCCCUACACGCCUGUUUCUUAACGUCAUCGCACAAGUCUACUUCAACAGGGCUAUCCGAUGGCUGCGACAACCUGGCGAACCACGGGCGGUGGGCUGGGCAUCGGCGCUCGCGUGCCACAUUUAGGUCGAGUGCCGCCACGGAGCGUGCGGGUGCAAGCUGUGCACACCUCUCCCUCAUUCCUCAAUCCACACACCAUCCUUGGCGUGUCUGCCACCGCGGAUGUCAAGGAAGUCAAGCGUGCCUACCGCAAACUCGCGCUACAGUACCACCCCGACGUGUGUAAGACGGAGGACGGCCACGAGCGCUUCAUGGCACUGACGCAGGCGUACGAGAUGCUGCUAGGGCGGGCGGAGGGCAAGACAGACCCCGGCCACGCCGCGUCCUCGGGCUGGGACUUCCACGACUGGUACUGGAACUUCAAGAUGCAGCGGUCCUGGGAGCGACAGGCGCGACAGGCCAAGGCGGCCGCCGCCGCCAAGGCCGCUGCCGCCGCAGGCUGCGACGCCGCUUCAGCAGCGGCAGGCCAGGAGGAGGGCGCGGAUGUCGAGUGCGAGGGUGAGGACGCGGGCGCGGAGUCCUGCGGCCGCCGCCCGCCGCCAAACUCCAACGCUGGAUACAAGCAGACUGAGGGACGUGCCAACCUGCGCAGCCAGCUAGCAGGACUGCGCCACCGUGCCGCCGUCCGCGCCAACCGCCCCAGCCCCAGCGCUGCUACCGCGACCUCCUCGAGUUCGCAGGACGCGCCGUCAGCCGCCGCGGCCGCUUCGGGGGCCAGCUACGGCCUCGGCGACGCGCCCGCGGCGCAGCCGCCCCGCGGCGCCCGCCCCGCGAGCACACGGUCGCAGUCUCAGCAGCCCCAAGAGCAGCAUGGCAAGGUGUGGAGUUGGACUUGGAGCUGGAGCGACACCAUCUCUGACAGCGAGGAAGAGGAGGAGGAGACGGGAGACGGGGCCCGCGCAGCCCACGGCAGCGCCGGCAGCAGCACGGCCUCUUCUGUAAACAUGGAGGACUCGGAGACGGAGGCAGGCCUGAGCGGCCAGUUCACACACGUGUACGACGCGCACGCGGCCGGCUCUGGCUGUGGCGGCGCAAUGCGGCUGCAGGACGGCGCCAUGGGCACCGUGCUGGUCAACCACGCCGUGCCCUUCACCCCCGGCUCGGCCGCCUCCCCCUCCGCCUUCAGCAAGCAGCAACAGCGGCGCUCGGACUUCGAGGCCGAGCAGGAGUUUGCGGCGGCGCGUGCCCGCGCCGAGGCCUCGGGCGACUGGGAGGACGAUGAGGAUGAGGCGUUCGGCCCCGCGGCCGGCGUACGCCUGCAGCACUUCCACGGCGACGGCGCCUAUGAUGACGAUGAGCCGGCCUCGCCCUUCUCCAACGUGUUUGAGAAGCAGCCGGGUGGCGGCGGUGACCAGCAGUACCAGCAGGCGCGGCGCAAGUUCGCUGCGGACGGCGCGGCCCGUGAGGCUGUGUCGCACCAGCUGACUGGGCUGAGGCGCAAGGCGGCCAUGAAGGCGACGCUGGGCUUGUAAUUGUAUGGUUCAUGACCUGAAGGUCCGACAACGCUCGGUUUGGGCUGUGAUAGGGGCAAGAAAAGGGUGGGCUUACCGUGGGCUGUGGGGUCGGAGGUGGGACCAACGGCGUCUGUGUGUGGUUGAAUGCAAUACACAGGGCAUGCCUGUAUUCUUGCGAGGGUCUUUGACACACACAUCACAUCAAAUUAUCCCAAAAGAAUGGACGUCAUGUAUCUAGCGCCACACGUGCGUGCAUUUGACUGCGACUGCUACCGUUGGGCAGCGUUGUCUUUCUGGACUAGUGGCACCCCCGUACCCGGGGUAAAGGCGGCGUGUUGCUGCAUGACCACGGGUGGCGGGGGGUGGAGGCGCGCAGGUGCGUCUUGCGGUGACGUAACCUUUACUCUGGUUGAUUGCGACACAAUUGGGUCGCGAUUCAUACAGUAGCUGCGGGGCCUUGGCAAAUGUUGUGAAGAUGCCCCGUCAAAAAAAACACGUGAAGAUCUACUCGAGGCCUGGGGUGCGUUUGAGUUGCGUUUUGUUUGCAGGCGCCAUGGACGAUUUCGUUGCGUAUUGGGAAUCGUUGCGCAAGUGCGGGGGCUGCUGGAGCCAGGAUGUCUUUGGAAUGGCAAGAAGGGUAGCUGGACCCUGCGCCACAAGGGGAGGUUGGAUAUGAUGAGGAUUUAGACGACGGUGAGGAGGAAGAGAAGACACGCGCCGGCGAGUCUGGCGCGGGCAGAGAGGGCAUUGCGCAGAGGCGAAGAAAUGCAGGAAGGUGCAAGAUGCUGGUGCGCGUGCGCGACACCAUGUAUGGUAUUUCAAUUCGGCGUUUUGGUCUGAGCCGUGGCAGCGGAGCAGUGCAGGCGCUCGCGGCCAACAAAAAAAUAGAGUGUUGCUCGACUUACAAAGAGGCUGAGACUUGCCGAGAGCUUGUUGGCACAAUGUUUUGUGGUCGUAGUGCCCGUGGUGGUCGUCCGCAAGAGGAGAGAGAAGAACAUAUAGUCAAGAGGUUGGAGUAGAGCUAAGGGCUGUACACCAACGUAGAACGUCGCUAAAAUUGAAACCGCAACGUGUGCGGCCUAGGUGGACUCCGGCGCCUGCUUGAGGUUCCCAGUUCACAUGUUUUGCGUGCCCAUCAUGACUGCGUGCUUUGUAGUAUUAUACAUGCACUGAUGGAGGCCGGAAGUCCGGUAUAGUUUUGGAUCGGUAGUGAUUGGUGUCUGUCUGGGUGUGCACGGGAUACUGAGUGGUUGUAGCAUGUGGGCCCGUGCGUGGAGGACCGUGCGUGGACGUGACUGGGGACGGAGCGGUACAGGAGAGGCACAAGUAGCGAAUGAGCGGCUGGUGACAUGGCGGUGACGGCAGGCACCAGUAGGCGCCCCGCACUGCGGCAAGGUGUGUUAGUGACCGAUGAGAAGACAAUCCAAACCAACAAUGUGACUUGGGCUCGAAAUUGGUUGAUCUUAUGGGCUUUUAAGAUGCACGGCAGCACGGGCUCGAAUGCUGAACAUGCCUUACAGGGUGCAUUAAUGUGGCGAGGGGGACGGAGGCUAAUGUAACACAAGCACAGG